ACUCAGAGAAGGAUAUCACAAUUAGAGAUGGAAUAUAAUAUACCGUUGAGGGAAACUGAUCAAUAUAUCAGAUACCUAUUCGGGAAGGUAAAAUUAUAAUAAAUCAAAGUUUAUGUAUGCACGUUAACAAUAAUUCAUUGUAUUUUGAAAGUAUGACACAGAUAAUGAUAACUUGAUAUCUGUCAGAGAAUUACAAAGAAUUGUAGAGAGAAGUGAAUAUAAUAAUGAGUUUCCAGAAUCUGCCACUCAGUAUCUUAUGAGUUUGGGCGACUCUAAUCAUUCCCGGUUUUUGGACUUCGAUGAAUUUUAUGCACUAUUUCGACAUUCGAAAGCGAAAACAACAUUUGGAGUUUUGUUCCAACGUUUUAUAAAUGAGAAUUAUGUGAAGAAGUUGAUCCCUAAAACUCAAUAUACAAGAGCGGGUAAUGAUUAUGAAGACAAAUAUUCGUGCCGUACUCUGCCAUAUGGCAUUAUUAUGUUGUCAUUAAUGCAAAUUGCAGUCUUUGCCAUUAGGGAUUAUAGUAAUGUUGCAGAAAUAUUAAUGUUUAAGCCAAAAGAAAGACUUGAAGUUUGGAGAUAUGCCACAUAUAUGCUCGUACAUGAGCGGUAUUUUCAUUUUAUUAGCAAUUUGAUCAUUCAAAUAUUACUGGGUAUACCCCUAGAAUGCGUUCAUGGUUCGUUAAGAAUAACAAAAAUUUAUUUGCUUGGUGUAAUAUUUGCUUCUUUGAGUACUUUUGUAUUUAAUCCAUAUGAUAACUUGAUUGGGGCAUCCGCUGGAGUAUUUGCAAUAAUAACUGCUCAUUUGGCCAAUGUGAUAAUUAAUUAUAAGGAAAUGGAUUUAGUUUUUGUACACAUAAGUAUUUUGAUACUGAUAGCCUUAAUUCAUGUCGGUAGUGCUGUUUGUCCCCUUAUGAAUACUCAAGGAUUGAACAAAGAAAUAGCAAAUGUAGCUUUGAUAGCUCAUUUAUCUGGAGCAAUAACUGGUUUUCUCAUCGGCAUCGGCGUCUUACGAAAUAUUAAAGACUAUAAUUGGGAAAGAAAAUUAUGGAUAGUAUUUUAA